AUGACAACGCACGAAGAAAUCCGAGUCGUGUCGGCCGCCAUUGAAAAGGCCGACCUCAAGGCGCUGCGAUCAGUACUGAAGUCCAUGUGCGAGAGUUCCGAGGAAUGCCGCAAGCAAGCCGCUCAGCGCCUACUCUUGUCAGUACCUACUGGGAGCAAUAAGCGCAAAUCCGAGCAGAGCCCUCAAGAGGCAGAGGAUGCGAGCGACAACAAAAAGGCCAAGACGGUCGUGUCUAGGUUCGAAAAGUGCAUCACGUGCAAAAAGGUGUUUGAUAUCACGACCAAUCGUGACGAUUCUUGCCAGACACAUAGUGCCUACUUGGAGAUUGAUGACGAUGUCUUUCCUGAUGAUGAUGAGAUAGCCAACGGCCAUGUUGAUCCCUAUACAGACUGGCGUCGCGAAGAGUGGCCCGAGGGCUUCAUCUGGCAAUGCUGUGAUCGGCAUAUAAAGGAAACGCCCUGUGUCAUUCAAAGGCACAUUGCUGGGCCGGAUGGGGCCAAGAGUCCGGAGGGCACGGAUGAAGAGUCGCCCAUUGAAAUCUCGUCGGAUGAGGAAUGA